AUGCCUGUUGCUUCAAGAUUGAUGGUACGUGGCGAGAAUCCACUGGUACUUAAUCAAGAGGAAUUGAGAUUGACCUCUCCGCUAAAUUCAGACACCAUCUUGAGGGACUUUGGGAACGAGAAGAGUUCAGUCAGAUUUUACUGUCAUACCCACAGGAUGCCAGCCAUUGAUCUUUUCUCCUGUGGUCAUCUUUGUCAAGAUUUUUUCUGUCUUCAUGAGGAGAAAUCAGAGGGAGAAAGGACAGUGACUAGGUGUCUGACAAAUUAUUCUCAGGAUCUGGUGAUCCUUGAGGAUGUGGCUGUGGAAUUCAUCCAGGAGGAGUGGACUUUGCUGGAUCCAACUCAGAGAAACCUGUACAGAGAUGUGAUGCUGGAGAACCACAAGAAUCUGGUUGCAGUAGGUGGAACAAGAAGGAAAGCUGAGGAUAGUGGGAGAAGUUCUGCAAAGUAAGGGAAAAGGGAGAUGUGAUUCUUUAUGAAAAACAGCAGGAAUCCAUGAGAGCUACAGUCCAUUUGGAAAUGUUGAACAGGAAGCUUUUGAAGAUGGAUUUUUCCUGAGAAUGCUGGUGCCUUUGGUUUCUGAGGUUCCUUGGGUCCUUCAAACUUCUCUUUAACUUUUCAUCUACUUUCUGAAACUUCCUUUUGACCUGACAGUAAGAUCUAUUUCUUCUUUAAAUUCUACCUUUAGUUCUUCAUUCAUUUUCUUUCAGCUUUGUUUUCCUGGUUAUGUUGCUCUCUGUUCACCAUCAGUCUCCACAUGUAUAGAAUCAUUUCUUAGAGAAUCACUUACCAAUUUGACCAGCACCCUUUUUCAAUGCCAAACUCUUAAUAUAGUCAGACUUUUCAAUCUCUGUAUGUUCAUGUCUUUUUUUAUUUUGUAAUCUAUAUUAAGUCAGUCUUUGAAAGUAAAUAGGCAUUGGUCUUUAUUUUUAACUUCUUUCCAUCAUUUAUUCCUCCAAGACCUUAAUUUUUUUUUAAUCUUAUUUCAGAUUGGGAGAUUUGUCUUAAUACCAAAUGGUCAGCACCUCAGCAGAAUAUUUUGCAGGGGAAAACACCCAAUGGGUAGAAAUGGUGAGAUUCAUAGUGUGUAGUUCCUUGCCUUCCACAACAGUGGAAGUUUGGAAAUUCCAUAAGAUAGAAAAGCAGCACAAAACCAUAACAGACACUUGGGGCUAGUGUUAUUCAUCCUAAAUGAAACCGUUUCUCAUAGAGUCUCUGAGCAUUAUGAAUUUGACAAGUACUUUAAACACUCCCCAAAAUACAUUCACACAUUGUUAGCUCAAUAUUUCAUAUAUAGAAUUCAGAUAAAGUUUUUGAAAAGUAAUUUCAUCUUGAUCAAUUAUCAGCUAAAUGCUAUAAGAAUCCCUGUGAAAGUAAAGACUACAAAAGGAAAAAAAAGACUGCAAAAGAACUGUUUAGCAGAAUGGUCUCUUCAUUCUGCCUGAAAGCACUCAGGUCUGGAACAAUGCAUUACAUACAGUGAAAAUGGAAGAGAAAACAAAAAACUUUAGUCAUACUGAUUGGUUUCCUCUAUAGUAUAACAAUUCAA